AUGGACGUUUCUUCACCGGAAAGGAAAUCCGAUGCGGAGUUCCAGCAGAUACUAGACUCGUUUGUAGGCGAUAAGGAAACCGUAUUGACUGGCAACCUACCUGAUCUCUUAGUAGGAUAUGAGAAAGAUCAUGACACUAAGAUCUUGGAGGAAUCAGAUUUCGUCGGUGUACGUCAAUUAUGUGAACGAUACCCAGACUUAGAACUAGGUCCCACCGAUCUAUUCGCCUUCCUACAAGCGGUAUUAAGACGAGAUACAUCCACUCGUUCCACUUCACCUCCAUCACCUUCACCUAUCCCUCAUUCAACUUCUAUGCCUCCAUCUGCUUUUAAAGCAGCCCAAUCUCCCGCUGAUCAAUCCGCAUCGCGUCGUCGUCGAAGACAUUCGGAUCGUAUCAAAUCACCUUCAGACUCGUCAUCUUCAAGCUCAUCAGGUGAAGAAGACAACACCCGACCUCGAUCACAACGUCAAACUUCCGCUCCGCCUCAAAGUGCUCGAGCUUUCCCUUCCAACUCCAAUGCCGCUCCCGCACCACCAUCGGGAUGGCAACCAAUCAGGAAAAAGACCUUAUCCGAUCCUAAUCGAUCUGACGCAUCGCUCAGCUCCCCUUUAUCAUCUCGAAUUAGAGGGGCACCUCCUUCAGCUUAUGGGGGAUUUGCCAGACCCAGUCCGGCAAGUAGGAGGAGAAGAGGAUCGUCCGGCGCUGCUGGACAAUCAUUCGAAGAAGACAAAGAUAGGAAGUCACCUGAGCCUUCGUUCGUACCUCGAUCGACGAGCUCAGCUUCAUUCACUUCUCGGACAUCAUGGCAAAGUAGACCUACAUCACCUUCAUCUCAGAUCGACGAAGUCGACCAUACCUCUUUCCACGCUCGAGCCAAAUCUCCAGCAACGGAAGAUGACGACGAGCCUGAUCAUGCUGAGAUGGAUACUUUUGUGCCUUCAGGCCAACAUGAUGAGCACGAAGAGGGACAUGAUGAGCUCGACCAGAUAGAUAUGGAUAUCAUGGGUCAAGGCUUGUUGGGAAUUGGGGGCGAUGCGCUCAAUCCGAGAUUAAGUAGAAUAUCAACCGAGUCCACCAAUUCGUUACGAACAUCGCAUGAUACCGUCGCUCGAUUACGAAAGGAAAAUACUGAAUUAUUGAGGAAGCUCAAGGAGACUGAAAAGUCAUUAGCUGUACAAGGUGCCGAAAAUGAACGACUAUACGAGGAUCUCCAAGUGAGAUUGGAAGAAGCUCAAUCAGAGAUUGCUCAAAGAAGGAAAGAUGAGAAGGACAUGAAGGGGAAAGAUCGAGCUCAGCUCAUCCAAAUUUCAGGAUUCGAAGCUGACAUUAUGAGCUUGCAACGAAGUUUGGAAAAUGCCAAGAUGAAUCAUGCGAACAUGCAGAAGAUGUACAAUUCACAGUGUGACGAGGCCCAGCGACUGCGAGAUAUGUUGAGAGAUAGGGAUGACGAGAUCCGAUCUCUAGAGGAGAACGUCCAAGCUCAUGCAGCUGAUGAGGAGAAAUUCAAUCGAGAACUUCAAGCCCUCGAGUCAGAAGUUAAGCGGCUCGAGUCAGACUUGUCGGUCGCUCGUCAAGCGGAAUCCCACCUGGAUGUACAGAAACAAGAGAACCUCGCUCUCAAAGAAACGAUCGACAGAAUGCGAUUCGAUUUGGACGAAGCGCGUGCGCAGGCGGCGAACUCAGCUGGUGCGUCUGGUUAUCGAGCUCAACCAAGUGGAUCCUCUGGUGGUGGUACGCUGUCAAGAAACUUGGGCGAUGAACUCAGUCGAAGACUUUUGGAUGCCCAGAAGUUGGAAGAAGAAAGUGAUGAGGGCGAAGUCGUGGAGACUGUUGUUACUACUCAACGUACCAGGAAGAAGGGAACUCGAACCACUGGUCAAGCCGGCACGUCAUUGGAGGAACAACCCUUGAUCAGAAUCGAAGAGGGUAUACGUGAAUACGCCGAUGCAAGUCUGCAAACCGACCCUAUACCUGAGCUGGGACCUCGACCGACUACCCCGAUCCAACAAGAGGCAGAGGCAGGCCCAUCUAGAAGUCACGUACACGAACAUCCACCGGCAUACACCGCCGAGCCUGAACCUAUCAACAAGGCCGAAUUGAUCUCGCAGAUACAUCCCAAACGACCUGGAGAAGUUGUGGAGUAUAACGAAGAUGUAGAUGACGAAUAUGCUUUCUUAACGAACGCUUUGGGUAUGAGAUGUACGGUCAUUGAGGAACAGAUGGAUGCGCAGAGAGCUGAGAGGGAGAAGAGAGGUGUUUUAGCUUCGCCAAGAUCGAGAAAUAGGAGUUACUGGUCGGAACAGCGAAAACAAUACAAAUCAGGUAUCGUGAAUUACAUCUUCUACAAUACGGAUAAUUCGGUACGAGAUCAGGUUGGUAAAGUGGCCAUGUGUGUUGUUGCUGCAUUUGCAGUUGGUCUGGUGGCCGGAUCUCACAUAUACGCUACGCCAAGUGGUAUCAAUCCUAGAGAUUAUCAAUUGUUCGCUCAGAUGAAUACACUCGCUGGGGCUGCUGGCGUAGGCGAGGGGUUCUUACCUAUGGGUAUGUUGGGUGUAGUAGAGCAAGGAGCGAGGAUGAUAGCUGGCAAUGGACGUAUACCGACUUGA